AUGUCGGAGAUUUCGAUAGCGGCGCCGGUGUUGUCGACGGAGUCCGAGUUUGAUAAGGUUGCGUUGGCAGCACGAUCGAGACCAUCCCCCAGCGAGGAUGACCUCAUCAAAGUGUAUAACCUGGAUCAGCUAGUGAACAAAAUUGUUGAAAAUGAUUAUAAGAGCAUUGCUUUGCAGUUUCCAGACGACUUGAUCCAGGAUUCGACGUAUAUUUCCAGAUUUCUGUCACAGCAAUUCCUGAAACUCGAGGGUCAGCAAACUCGCAAUGUGUAUAUUUUGGCCGAUACCAGUUACUCGCCAUGUUGUAUCGACGAAGUGGCUGCUAAACACGUUAAUGCCGAUGUAGUGGUCCACUUUGGCAAUGCUUGUCUCAAUCCAGUGAGAAGUUUUCCUGUCAUCUAUGUGUUUGACUCUACUGUCAAUGUGGAUAUGGACUUGGUUGAAACCAAGUUCGUCGAGGCUUUUGAGGAGGAUCCCAACCAACAUAUUCUAUUGGUGGCCGAGACAAACUAUUCUAUUAUAUUAAAUGACCUUUAUGAGAGGGUGAAAGCUAAGUUCCCUAACUGUCUCCCGAGUUCUGUCAAUGCGUUGCAUGAUGAUACUCAAAGUGAUGAAACGACUUCAGCUCCAACUGCUUCCUGUCAGAGUUGCAGUGGUAGCAACGGCUCCUCAUGUUGUAAUGCAACAGGAAAUGGAUCAAAAGACAAAUCCAACUGUCAUAGCUGUAGCGACAAGCCAUCUGAUACCAAAACUUCACCAUCUGUGUAUUUUAUUCCAACUCUUGAUAUACCUGCUUUGCAUACGGAAUCCACAUUUCUUCCUACUCGCCGUCAUCCUUCACUGAAAACGGACUUGUCCGACUAUAAAGCCUUUUUUAUUACCUCUCCUUCACCCUCAUCUUCAUUUGUUUUGCAUUUAUCAACUCUAGUAUCGUCUGUUACUUUAUUGGAUGUUGACACUCUCAAGUUAUCCACGCCAAGGACUACAUUACAGAAACGUUAUAGAUAUAUGAACGUCGCUCGGUCUGCAUCCACCAUCGGCCUUCUUAUUAACACUCUCUCACUUCGAAACGUUAACGAAGUGCUUGCAAGACUCAAAACCUGGAUUACUCAAGCCGGGAAAAAGCAUUAUACAUUUGUCGUCGGCAAACCCAACGUUCCAAAGUUGGCUAAUUUUGAUGUCGUAGAUAUCUGGGUAGUCUUAGGAUGUUCAAUGGGCGGUAUUAUAGUGGAUUGUGAUAAGUUCUACAAGCCUAUUAUCACACCAUAUGAACUUAAUUUAGCUCUUCAGAGCGAGGUUGCAUGGACUGGCCAGUGGUUGAUUGACUUUGAAGCUGUUCUUAAAAUGUCGUCAGGGGAGGAAGACCAAGUGAGCAGUGAUAUAAGCAGUGAUGACGAUGAUGCUCCAGUGUUUGAUCCCAUCAGUGGAAAGUACGUUUCGACAUCAAAGCCGCUCAGACGUAGAGCUCACAUUGAUAUUGAGCGCGAUAGCUCUGACACUGUUAAUGCACCGUCUGACACAAGCAAUAGCACGAACGCAUUAGCUACAAGAUUAUCAUCCCAGUUAGCCAUUAGAGGAACUGUAUCUACUGCGGCCGAGUAUCUUCAUAAUAAGACAACUUGGAAUGGCUUGGGUAGUGAUUUUGAUGAAUCUGUAGACUCUUCUGAGGGAGCUACUGUCAAAGAAGGAAGGGGAGGAAUCGCCAGAGGCUAUCGUGUUGGUGAGACAGAUAGAACCUAG